CUGCUGUCCUUUACUUCCGCCAGCACCUGUCAGCUAUAUAUGCCCAAUGAAGGUGCGGCAAGAUAGCUGCAGCCUGGCGCUUUGCCCCCGCUUGACACGUCGUGCUGCUGACGUAGAAGCAUCCUCCGCAGGCGCAAAGUGAGGUGUUUCUAUUCACUCUGUCCAUGCGUUCAAAAUCGGGGCAACGUACCCUUUUGACGGUCAUCAUCUUCCACACGUCUCUGCGCGAUUGACCAAAACCGCGUUCGCCAACCCGAAGUGAGGUGUAAACAUGACGAGCUUCCUUGAAUACCUCUCCCAUCCUCUCUUUAUCGCAUCAUGCCUCCUAGUGGGGGUGGUCGUUCUAUGGGCUGCGACAAGCGUGCCCUCACCCGUGCCUUCCAACCUGCCAUGGCAGGGUAUGAAGGAACAAGAGUUUCUCGGCCACUUCCGAGCCAGUCUUAGAUCGUUCGGUUCAAUGAGGGAGUGGCUCAAGGAUGGCUACGAAAGGUACUCAAAGAAUGGCAAAUCGUAUAUCAUCCCAGAUGUGUCGGGCAGAACUGAGGUCAUCAUACCACCACAGAAGUUACGUUGGCUACUCGACCAUCCCGACAGCGUCUCAAGCGUUGGCGCUGCGCACUAUGAUCAACUUGUUGGCGACUACAACUUCACGGAUCCGUACGUGCUCGGUACGCUCUACCAUGAGCAUGUUGUGCACAAGAGUCUAGCUCGCAACAUGGCAAACAUCAUCCCGAACAUCCAGGACGAGGUGCAGCACGCCCUAGAUGAGACCUGGGGUAAGGACACCGCAGAUUGGAAAGACAUCUGCGUUUUUUCAAACAUGAUGGAGGUCGUGGCUCAAUUGUCCAACCGUAUGUUUGUUGGGUUGCCACUUUGCCGCAAUAAGGACUAUGGUCGUCUAAUGGGAGGCUUCGCCAACUCCGUCAUCUCAGCAGUGACCCUUAUGCCGCUCUUCCCAGCCUUCAUAAGACCGAUUGUGGGCCCGGUAAUCACCAUCCCGAACCAAUACUAUUGGUGGCGGGUGUCGAAGUAUACCGUCCCUCUGAUCAAGGAGCGGGAGGCGAACAUGGCUCGUAGGAAACAAGAUCCAUCGUUCAAAUGGGAGGAGCCAAAUGACUAUAUCACAUGGCACAUCAACGUCGCCGAGGCAGAAGGAAGGAAAAAGGAUCUCGAUCCUGUCAUGAUUGCGCGGUUUCUGCUGCCGCUUAACUUCGCUGCUAUCCACACGACCGUGUUCACAAUCACUAACGUCUUUUUCGAUCUUCUCGGAUCUGACCCCAAAGAUGGUUUCCUGGAAGGCCUCCGCGAAGAGGCGGAGAAUGUGUGGGCAGAGUCCAAGGGCAAUUGGAGCAAACAGUCACUCGCAAAGCUCUAUCGAGCUGACAGCGCCAUUCGGGAAUCAAUGCGAGUGUCCAACUUCAUGACUCAUGGUUUGCUCAGAAAGGUGAUCGGCAAAGACGGAAUAACCGACCCUGAAGAAGGCUUCAAGGUUCCUUACGGUGGCUACGUUGCUACAGACGUCCACUCUGUGCAACACGAUCCAGACAUCUACCCGGAUCCGGAACGGUAUGAUGCAUUCCGCUUCUCGCGACCGAUCGAAGAAUUCGAAGCAAAAAGAACGGCGAGCGGUGGUGCUCUCGACCCGGCUGAUGAGAAGGAAUGGCUACGUCUCAAGCAGACGGGCAUUGUCGCCACUGGCGAGACCUUUCUCCCGUUCGGCCACGGAAAGCAUGCCUGUCCUGGAAGAUUCUUCGUCAGUCACGAACUGAAGAUGCUGUUGGCUUACGUGGUAAUGAACUACGAUGUGCAGUACCUGGGUAAGCGUCCGGAGAACCAAUGGUUCGGGCAGUCGGUUAUUCCUCCGACGACAGCCACGAUUAAGGUCAAGAGGCGUAGUCAGGCGGCUGCAGUGUAG